UUCGCGCAGGGUCCCCCAGCCGCCGGCGGCCGCUCCGCAGCCCCUAGCCGAACCAUGGCGACUGACAUCCCACCUGAAGCCAUUGGCUUCUUAUCUGCAGUUGGGCUCUUCAUUGUUCUUCUGGCUGUCCUGUUCCUGUUCAUCAACAAGAAGCUGUGUUUCGAAAAGAUAGGAGGCCCUCCAUUCUUGGAGCAACAAGGGAAAAGAAAGCACUCUAAAGACAAGACUGGGACUUGCGAAGGGCUGGUUAACAGCUUUGGAGACGAUGAAGAGCUGUGUACGUCUUCUGACUCUGAUGAGGAGGUCAUCAAACAAUUUGAGAUUUCUGUGUCCCGGUCCCAGAGUUUCCGUUCAAGAGCACCUGAGAAAGGCAAGCAGACAGGAUCGGAGCAGAAACCAAAAUUGCGCUGCUUGCUCUCUACCAGCAAAGAGGACAGCACGCAAGUGUCUGCCUGUGAAGAUUUGGAUGGAGCCAGCCAACUGAAUUAUCCUGAGAAUCUGUCUUUUGGUGAAGAGGAUCCCAUCUCUGCCCCCUCACGGUCCCCGUGUGAGGCGGGCGAUGCCAGGCACCAGGGCGCACCCCCUCAGGAGACCCGUGUGGUGCACAGCCUCCGUCGCCAGUCCACGGAGGGCAGCUUGGAGGCGGAGACUGCUUUCAAUAACCGGGGGCUCGAAGACUCCUAUGCCACUGACAGCUCCUCUGUGUGGAGUCCAGAGGAGCAAGAUGGGGCCAAUUUUCAGGUGCCAUCUGGGGUCCCAGAGCCCAUCUCAAAAUGUGGUGAUCUGGAUGUCAUCUUUGAAUAUAGAGCUGCCAGCCAGAAACUCACAGUGACCAUUGUGAGAGCACAGGGCCUCCCGGAUAAGGACCGAAGUGGCAUCAACUCCUGGCAAGUUCACGUAGUCCUGCUGCCCAGUAAGAAACAAAGGGGCAGGACGAACAUACAGAGGGGGCCCAACCCUGUCUUCAAGGAGAAGGUCACCUUCGCCAAGCUAGAGCCCAGAGAUGUGGCUGCCUGUGCCAUCCGCUUCCGCCUGUACGCUGCCCGCAAGAUGACCCGUGAGAGAAUGAUGGGAGAGAAGCUGUUCUAUCUGAGCCACCUGCACCCAGAAGCGGAAACAAAAGUGACUCUGGUUCUGGAGCCAAGAAGUAAUAUCAGUAGUGGAGAGUCUCCGCUCAGCCCAUCUGCCGUUUCUCACAGUGAUAGUGCUUCAUCCACGCAGUCGCUGUCUCAUGGAGGGGCGCCAGAGCUGUUGGUGGGGCUGUCCUAUAAUGCCACAACGGGGCGAUUAUCUGUGGAAAUGAUCAAAGGCAGCCAUUUCCGAAACCUCGCUGUGAACAGAGCGCCUGAUACAUAUGGAAAACUCUUUCUCCUCAAUUCUGUGGGUCAAGAGAUGUCCCGCUGCAAGACAUCUAUUCGACGUGGUCAGCCCAAUCCUGUCUAUAAGGAGACCUUUGUUUUCCAGGUGGCCCUCUUUCAGCUCUCUGAUGUCACAUUGAUGAUUUCCAUUUAUAACAGGCGUACUAUGAAGCGUAAAGAGAUGAUUGGUUGGAUUGCCCUGGGCCAAAACAGUAGUGGAGAGGAGGAACAAGACCAUUGGGAGGAAAUGAAGGAGACCAAAGGCCAGCAGGUCUGCAGGUGGCAUAGCUUGCUUGAAUCCUAGGUUUAUCAACGGGUGUCUGUAUGCUACAUGCGCUCUGGUGGCCCUAGGUGUUGACUCCCAACGCCAGCUCAGUGUAUGCUAGCAGUCUUUUCAAAGACAGGCUUUCAAAUAGGGAUUCAAUUCCACUAACUCCUAGGACAUUCUGUGUGUAGGGGGGCGGGGGAAUGGGGAUCUUUGGGUUUCUCAAAGGUUUGAUUUGAAUUUAAGUGUUGUAAUUUAAAAAAAUUCUACAUAUACAGUCAACUAUGUGGAAAAUGUUACCAUAGUUGCAAGCAGUGAUGAUGAGUUAAUUUGUGUUAAUAGGUUAUUGAGUUUCAGCUCAGACUCUGGAAUGAAGCUUCUUCUACUCCCUUUUCUGUUUGCUUGAAGAGUAACCUGAGAUCGCAAGGGAGCUGAUAAAAUGUUACUAUUUGCAAUCACUUAUGUGUAUGAUUCAGAAUUUUAUUAAUAUGGUGCAAAAAAACUCCAAACUACAGAAAUGAGUCAGACACUGAGGCUCAAAGAGGAAUGUAACUGUUACCCAUCGUCCCUGAUUUCACAUUUUUCUCUUCAUCAAAGCCCCCCUCAUUUAUUUACCUAACAAAUAAAUGUUAUAUAAACUUGCACUUACAAAACAAAUUUGUAUUAAUUAAAUACCUCUUUUUAUCUCACUUAUAUAUUGUGGUUUUCCUAUGAGGUUUGGUUAGAUAAAUCAUUUUGAAACUAAAAAAUAGUUACAAAAAAAACUGUUGAAAGACAACUUGUCUCCUUUGAAUAUAUAAGGUUUCAAACUUGUAACUUCCAAGAUUUUUAUGCUCUUUGUCUCACCGAAUAAGCUCUUACAGAAUGAGAAGAAAACCAAAAAACCUAUUUAAGUCAUGGAUUUAUUGAUUUUUUCUGAAUCUAGUGCUUUCCUUUUAGAUCAUACUUUUUUAUAUGCAAUUAUAUACUCAAACAUCUAUUUUGAAUGUAUGCCUGCAUGUAAACCAUACUUUUUUAUGCAAUAUUUUCAAUCACUAGAGCAUAGUAAGUUGUAAACAAUGGGUCUUUAAUAAUGUUAACUCAGUUGACUCUUAAAAAUGAACAUGUUACAAUACCUGUGAGUGGAGAAAUAUUUCCAGCUUGUAUGCAAUGACCCUACAUUUUUCUUGGAGCUUUUGAUGUGCCUGGAAUUGUCUCUCUUUGUUUUUUUUUUCAUGGCAUUUGCAGCAACACAUAUUAGUUACUGCCUGUAUCUGGGCCCGUGCUGUUUGGAACGGUGACAUUGUGUGGUUGUGAGCAUGAAAUUUUACUUCCGACUGGCUUUUACAUAUUUGUGCAGUGCAUGUUUCCUUAGUUUUUCUUAGGUCUGAGCCCUUCAUUUCAAUUCCUUUAAGUGGGCAGGAAUAAGAAACGGAAGGGAUGUGUGUACUUGGAACGCUGUGCCCACGUGCAGUGCUUCUGAGCGAUUGCUCAGUCACUUAUUUUUAGCUUUUAUGUUUCAUUGUUGACUUUUUGCUGUGUAUGAGGAGAGUGAUAGCUAGUGAUGGAUGUAUACAGUUAAAAACACAGAACUCCCUCUCAGCUCUCCAUUUUGACAGAUUGCAAAUGCAGUCGGUAACACUUGAAGGACAUAUUUAUUCCUUACAGCCGGCAACGGUUAUCCUGACAACACCAGAGUCAGGCACAGAAUAACCCUACCAGGAUUUCAAAUACCAACUUUUGGAAUGAAGUGCUUGCACAUGGGAUACUCAGAAUAAGCAAAACAAAUUAUCUCCAUUUAUUUUCAGGUCUUGGGAGUUUCAUGUAUAAUGCCGCUCAGUUAAUUGGGAAUAAGUAAUAAAACCAUGCUCCUUAGGGUUUUUACCCUAUCCUCCUUUGGAAGACCUCAAAGUGCUUUUCCAACAUUGUAUCCAUUAACUACUGAGUGGUCUUUGCAGUGUGGCUGUGUCAAUAACUGGAACUGAGUGCAAUUGAUUAAGUAGCGGCACAAAGAAUUGGCUCCUCACAUCCCUCACCCGCUUCAUGCGCGUGUUUAAAGGGAAGUGGAGCAGCCUUGUUAUGCCUCUCUUUAUGCAGCCACAUAAAAGCAGCAUUCACUUUAAAAUUUACAUUUGAAAAAAUCUGCAUAUAUUGUACAGACAGUCCUAGAUUUCUGCCCCCCUCAUAUUUCCCUGCCUUAUGUGUCACUGCAUCUCUUAUCUCUUGGGGCCCAAUCACCCCCUCUAACUUCCUUCUCUGCUGCCUUGACCCACCCGUUUUUAAGGUUUUCUGCUGGUUUGGUAAAGGCAUCUUUGUGCAUUUGAUCUGCUUCCCAAUAGUCUGUUUAUCACAUAUAGUUAUAGGAGUGUCAGCAUUUUAAGGGAAGGGAUGCCUGAAAGGCAUUUUUUAUUUUUAUAAUUUUACAGUAUUGGUGCUACUCACCAUGUGGGGUGUAUGUACAUCUUGAAUAUACAGCAACAACCACCCUAAAGCUGAUGUCUAAAUAUAAAAUGCUAAUGACAAGAUACAUUAAAAUAUGAGGCUGAUUUUUUACAUUGAUUUGAAAUUCUAGUUUAGUAAGAUCUUUCAAUUUUGAGCACUUAAACUCCCUUAUUUUCUUGGCAGUCUAGACAUGAUGCGUUGAACAUGUUUUUCACUUGAGCUUUCACAUGUGCAUUUGCUUUUCAAAAGAUUUAUGAAAGACAAUUAGUUGGUUCUGAAGUGAAAAAAAAAGCUGCUUUUAUGUGUUUUCUCUAGCUCAUAAUUAAUAUCUCAUAGGGACAUUUGACAUUGAGGAAACAUCAGUAUUUGUUGCAUGAGUAGUCCUCUCCAUGAUUUUUCCUGAAGAGGUGCUUUUAAAAUAAGAUUAUUGAAGGAUAUUGAUGCACUGGGUUUAUGGAAAUGGGCUUUCUUGCAGGGUGUCGGUUUAUAACUGAAUUGUGAAGUGCUGGUUUUACCCAUCAUGGAGAUGGUGCCUGUGCUCCCGCUACCCUUCCGACUACUGCUGGAUUUGUAAAUGGGGCAUUCACCAGGCAGCUGAGCACCUGCUCUCUCUCCUCUCUCCUUCACUGGCUCCCAGUGUGAUGCACAGUUGUUUGGGACCCUGUUUUGGCUGUUGUUGCGUAACUGUGAGGGGAGGUCUCGCCUUCUUAACAAAAGCACUUGUAAUGCUGUUAGCUGUAUUAUACUGAGCAUUCUAUGUGCACAAAGUUUGAGAAAGAAUCCUCACCGUAAUUUCAAGGGGCAAAGAGAGUGUAGUACUGCAUUGUCAUUUGCUCCCUCUGCUCCUCCUUCAAAGACAAUGAUUGACCUCAAAUGUCAAGAUCCUCCACAGUACUAGGUGCUACUGGCAUGCUCCCACCAAUUUUACAAAUUGUUGACACUUCGGCCAGGAACUGUGCUUUACAUCCUGGCUAUACUAGGUGGUCUUAUCUGAAAAUCAAAACUCUCUUCUUUUCAAAUAAAGCCUUAUUUAAGUUGAAAUUACUAUCAGGUUACAUGAAAGUGUUUCUCUGGUAUAGCCAAUGAAUUGACUAAAUUGAUGGUUCACUGUGGACAUGGAAUUGUGAGUUUGCCCCCAAGCCUGGCUAUCCUUUUGCAGCGGAGGACUUAGAACAUUAAGAUCAGGUAACUGAGUAGGAAAAGAUUAUUUGGAGAUGACCUAAACCCAAAUGAGUGCAUAUUCUUCAAUGACAAGGAAAUGACUACACAACUCAUUUGGCAUCAUCUCCUCUCACCUUUGAGGAAACCAUGGCCAAAGAACAUACAUUUCAUUCUAUUUGAUUCACAACAAAAGCAACUGAUAGGUAAUCCUGAAGUGGAAAAGUAUUCUUGCCUUAAAAAAAUCAUUCUUUUGCCCUGGCCAGCAUGGCUCCGUUGGUGGGGUGUUGUCCUACAAAGCAAAAGGUUAUCAGUUUGAUUCCUGGUCAGAACACAAGUGUAGGUGGCGGGUUCAGUCCCUGGCUGGCGUAUGUAUGAGAGGUAACCGAUCAAUGUUUCUCUCUUGUGUCGAUGUUUCUCUUCUUCUUUUGCCCUCCCUUUCCCUCUCUAAAAAAAUCAUUCUUUUAUUCCAAAGAAAAAAACUAUGCAAACUAUAAGAAACAAAUAAUCAUAGUAGGUAUAUGAAAGAAUUAAAGAAUAAAUAAAUAAGCUGGAAAACUUUAGCAUCUACCAGCAUAUAUUCUAGAAGAGUAAACUAAUAAUCCAAAAGAUAUUUUAGGCCAACUAGUUAUCAUUUUUUCAUGUCUCGUGGAAUUCUGGAAAAUACUUACAGAUAGUAUUUACAGAUGAAGGAAAUGAGGCUGGUCCAACACAUCUCAGAGAGGCUGACGUGACUUGAGGUUAGCCUGGGCUCGGGGAGAACUCUGCUAACUGCUGUGUAGCCUUAAGAAAACUACUUAUCCAGCUUGUGUCCCAGUUUCUUCGGGUGGAAAAUGGAAGUAAUAUCUACCUCAUGAAGUUUUUAAAAAGACAUUAAAGAAAUAACAGCAUAGAGUGCAGCAUAUUAUAAGCAUUCAUAUUUCCCCCUCACAAUCAUGCUUAAAAAAGAGAAAAAGGUAUUUAAGAUUUGUUUCUAUUUCUGGUGAAACUAAUGGUAGCAUUAAAGGAAGACUAGUCUGAAUUUGUGAAGCAAAGAAGUCUUAUUGGGGCAACCUGGCAAGAGAUACGCUUGUAUAAGGAGGAUGUAGAGUCUUAGUAAAUCCCCUAAGAGGUAUAAUAACCAAAUCUUUGUCCCCGCCUACCCACCUUUGGUUUGGGGGAGAUGCUAAACCUUGGUGCGCAUGAGCGUGCACAUCAUAGCAAAUCACACACAAGGCCACUCCUUGUCCCAGCUCUUCUCUACUGUUUGUACCUGGACAGGGCACCUUGUCACCGUCAGAAAGAGUUGGUGAAGAGGGCAACCUGAGUUCCUAUUUGAACUCUGACCUGACAAACUAAGGUAUUGUAAAUGCUGUGGCACUAUACUGACACCCUUUUUAACACAGACAACACUUAUUGGGGAGCCGGUAUUACAUGUCCAUACUAUAUCCUCAUAGGCAAGAAUUUUAAGUGAUCUAAUAACUCAACUAUCAAAACAUAUUGAACUGGUUGGACUGCGAAGUUCUAUUUAGGAUCAAUUAUUUAUCAAUUUCCCUUAAGAGAUCUUAAUGAAAUGAGCUUCACCAGAGUUGACAGUGACUUCUUUUUGGAGAGUUUUAAGACUGACUUGUUGAUAAAAUGGAAAGCGUGAUCGGUUGUUCUCAAGUGUUCGAACCUGAAGUAAAGAGGCGAGUUUUCAGGAAAAGCUUUGUGGACAUUCGAUCUGAAGAAGUGUCCUCUAGCUAACCUCGGCAAGUUCAGUAUAACCAGGUGCCAUGAGCUAGUCAUGUAUUACUUGUGUUUUUAAAUUAAGCGUGAUUGUGGGAUGGGGAAGUGUAAGGCUGUAUUCCCAAUAUUGCCAAAUUGUCAUUAUGCAGACUCAAGUGCUGGGCUUCCCAAUUCAGGAGAAAAAUGACGAAAUUGGAGAAGAACCCCUUAGUUGAGCUGUUCUAUUUGGGAAUAAUUCAGCAUCCAGGGAAGUUAGAGGGGUUGGUGUGGGUUGAAGAAGCUGUGGAGUGACUGCUAGUAACAGUUAUUCAGGAUAGAAGGAGUUCUUACCAAGAGGCCAGUGCCUUCCUUUCCUGACCACGUGGGCAGAGUCAGAGAAAGCUUCCACCUAAAUCAAGGCCGAGAGAGUUUAAGAUAGAAGGAGGAUUUUGUGAAGGUUGUUUUGAAUUAACUAAAAAUGUAUUCACUGGAUUUUCUUGUGUCUAACACCAUGCUUCUGGGGACAGCACAGGACUUAACAUCUUUUGGGGCUGUGACAACAUAUGGAAACAUUAGUCAUCGUAAUAACACCAGCAGUGCUCACCAACACAUUAGUCUAAUUACACUGCAUAAAACGUAGACUUCCUUGUUAUGGGUUAUUGGAAAGAGGUAGAUAUAUAUUGACUGAAUUUAUUGAAGAAAACGUCUAGGAAGCCUGGGACUUGAAGCCAUGUUGGGAGGGGAAUCACCAAGGGAGAUCACAGAACCUCCAUCUUCAGAAGUCUUUUAAAAUAGGAACCAAUGCCUGAGCUGGGGGUUCUGUCUACAGAGAACGAGACGGUACCCAGGAAGAGAGCCCUUAUAAAGUUCCUUCUGAGAGGUUAUAUUCCAGCCCCAAACAGCAUCGACAAUAACAACAGUAGGCCGCCCUCUUCCCCGUGGGACACUUUUCCACAUCGAUUUUUCUCCAUAUUGUGCAAGAUUUUCUCUGGGGGUUGCUGCCCAGGCUUUGGUUAGGCAGCUGGGAAUGUCUGCAGGACCCGCUCGAGUUUCCUCUCUUAUUGGGCUUUGACCGUUUGUGUCCCCCUUGGGUCACAAAGCAAUCACGUAGGCACACAGACAAGAAUCAGCUCUGUUUGUGGCCACAUUGGAACCUGGGAGACAGCUUGAGGCAUCACAGAACAAACGCUGAGACAGUCAAGGAGGCCUGAGGCCGAGGUAGAAUAAACCCACCCCGGGAGUUGCUGCCGCCCCUCGGUUGCUCACUAAUGCUGCCCUGAGGUGUCUCCAUUCUCCAGGGCAGUUUUUACUUCAUGUCACUGUUACCAGUCCCACGUCGAGGAUGUGAGGAGACUGCCUUCCCAUCAGUAUCGCCAUAUUUGUACACUAGUUUUGUUUACUUCAUUUUCCUCCUAAAGUGUCUACUUGCUGUUUUCUUUAUUACAUUAGUUUAUAUAAAACAUAUUCAUUCAAAGGACAUUUAUUAAGUAUAUGAUGCCCCAACUCUGGGUUAGGGGCUGUAGAAUAGCAAAUGUGUAAAAUGGUUUAACAGUCAUUUUUAUUUCUAAAUAUUCCUUUUUAAAAAUUUAAUUGUUUUUCAGUUUUUACUGAUUUUACUUUUUAAAUUGAACUUACUAGGGUGACAUUGGUUCACUAAACCACACAGGUUUCACGUGUACAGCUUAAUGAAAUGUCGUCUGCACACUGCACUGGGCGCCCAUCUCCCCAAGCAAAGUCUCCUUCUGUACCCAGCCCCCACGGUUUCCGCCUCCGCCUCAGCCCUCCUUUCCCUCUGCUUAUCUUUCACGGUUUCCCCUCCUUCUCCCACCCCUCACUGACAGGGAGAGGAUUUAAGAAAAGUGGAAGUUACUACUCCGCCUCUAAAAAUUAUACUUUCUUGUCAGUCUAUAUUUCCCUUCAAAAUAAAGGGAUAGUCUUUGCAUCUAAAGAAAGCAGUGUAGUAUUCCAUUCCAGUAAUUAAAUGAGAUAUGGCAGGAAAUAGAAGUUAGAUGUUUAGUAUUUUUAUUUUUAUAAUUGAAUAUUAAAUCCUCCUGGAAUGCUAGGUCUGUACAAACAAAUGGGACACAGUUCUUGGAAGCUCUGAGUUUCAGUACUUGAAAGGUAUUGCUACCUUUUGGUUUUUGAAAGAGGAAAACUGGGAACAGCUGCCAGAUGAAGGGGUGAUGGUGUGAACAAAGAACGCUGCGUUCUUCUCCCUGUCAUCUGAUUAAAUCGUCUUAGAUGUUAUACACUGAACACGUCUGGGGCAUCCCUGCGACAUGGGUGAAUGUCAGCAGUGGGAGUGUCCCUACCUUAGCAGAUUGACCACUAAUGAUUCCCAGUCUCAAACAAUUUUAAGCCCGCCUGAAUCUAACUCUUAAUGGGCUCAAUUUUAUAACAGGAGACAAAAAUAGAAGUUUUGGCAAAUGGAUUUAUUGCUUAUAAUUUUCAAUCUCAUAACUUAUCUCAAAUAUCUAUUAAACAAGUCUCAAUCCAUGUGAGUCAAGUCAGAAUCCUUCAUGUCCCAGAAAUUCUUACUAAAAACUAUUUUAUAGUGUUGCCCCGUUGACAGCCCACGAUAAAAAAAAAAAUCCACAUCUCUUAUUUGAUGAAAGCCUGAUAUUUGGGAAAAGAUAUCAGAAGGCUGCCAAUAAGAACUGAUUGGUGAGGAACAUGUACACUGAAAGAAUAUUUUCAUGUCUGUUAUUCUGUAUAAUAUAUUCAUACUCUAGGUCCACACAUCUCUCUUUGUUUCUUUAUCAAGUUCCUUAUCCUCUGCACCUUGAGCAAAGCUACUACUUUCACCACAUUUUCCUGUGACCCAUAAUAAUCUUUGUUAACUCACAAUCAUACCAAAUUAUAACGCAGUCUUUUGUUAUGCCACCAUACUAAUGCAGCUACAAAUUAAACUUCACUGUGAAAUACAAAGUCUUUUCCAGAAUUUUAAAAUUUAAUUUUAUUGCAGAUUUUAAGUUUAUGUAGAAGUUAGUAUUUGCAUACUUUAUUGUGAUUGAGAAAUUUGUGUAAUAAUAUUUGUUGGAAUAAGCUUUGACAUGUAUUUUCAGGAUAAAGUAGGAUGGUCUUUGUGAUCUCUUUACUUUUAAAGUAUAUAAUAUUAAUUUUUUGAGCAGUUUCAGAUUCACAACAAAACUAAGUGGGAGGUACACAGAGUUUCUGUAUAGCUUCUGUCCCUGAUCUCGUACGACCUCCUCCUCCACCAGCAUUCCACACCGGGGUGGGUGCAUCGGUUGCAGCCUGUGAAUCUACACUGACACGUCACCCAAAGCCCACAGUGCAGGUUCCGUUCCACGCUUGCAGGUUCACUGCCAUAGAGAUCCUGUGUGUUCUGCCUGUUCACCCCUCUCCCAAACCCUUGGAGACCACUAAUCUGAUCUUUUUAUUGUUCCAGGGUUUUGCCUUUUCCAGAAUGUCAUAUGGUUGGAAUCAUAGUAUGUAGUCUUUUCAGAUUGGCUUCUUUCACUUACUAACAUGCCUUUAGGUUUCCACUGUGUCUUUUAAUGGUUUGACAGCUCAUUUCUUUUUAGCAUUGAAUAAGAAUAUCUCAUUAUCUGGAUGUAUCCGUUUGUUUAUUUUCCUUUAUUUGCAGUUCUAAUUGCUAAUUGCUAAGGUACAUUUUGUUAAUGUGCAUGUUCUCAAGAAAAAUAGUUGGAUUAAUUCACAUGAUUCAUCAAAUAAAAUGUAGCAACUUCCAAUCUGGAAUCUAUUUCAGCUGAUAUUGGGCUAGUUUUACAUCUGAGGAGAAGAUUUAUGAAAAAUACCACUAUUUCAUAAUUUAUGUUAAACUGUCAUUGGAAUCUAAACAAAGGACGAUCUAAAGGCUGUGAGGAUGUGACCCCCAAAUUCAGUGACUGUGUCGUGUUUUCUGUUGUUGAGCCAUGAUUUAAGUAUACAUUAAGAAGAAGUGCUAAUUGCAUUAUUACCGAUUCGCAAUAGGAAACCACCUUCUGGUACUAGUUUAUAUGACAGCACCCUGUCAUGGUCAAUGGUGCAAACUAACUAAAAGUGGUAUGUGAGCAUCUGGCUCCUGCAGCAGCUCUGAGUUCUGAAUGGAGGAUGGCCGGUGAUAAUGACCCCUGACUGAGCAAGUGGGUGGAUGUGGCAGUGAUCACACUGAUAAUCACAGGAGGAGAGUGGGGAGGCCCGACUAACGAUCAAUAUCAGGUGAACAUUUGACAUUAUUUAUAUGUUCACGGACUGCCCUUGGUUUUGUAGUUGCGACUUGUGGAGCCUGGCGUGACUGCAGAGAUGAUGGUGUGGUUUUGGAAAGAAUAUUGGAUUAGAUUAAAACUAAUGAGGCCUGUGUUCCAGUACCCAAUCUUUCCCUAAUGAGCUCUAAAAUGAAUGUCAACUCACAAGGGAUCCAAGCCUUCAUCUAGGCAUCUGUCAGAUGAAAACAGCAAUGCUUACUUCAUUCAUUUUUUCUAGAUUGCUGUAAGAAUAAGAUUCAUUCAUUCCUUCAUUAAUAUACUGAACAUUCGGAGUCCCCACUAUGUAGCAUGACAAGGUAAUAGAUGGAAAAAUACUUCACAGAAGUAAGAGUUUUUAAAGAUGCAAGACAGUUUAUUAUUUUUACUUCAAGGUCAAAUCAUUUGUUUAUGUUGAUAUGUCAAAGUAAUUGAUGCUUUUAGAUCUCUGCCAAUCACUGAGCUAUACUCACAGAAUGUUAGUAAUUUGACUAAAAGUUACUUUGGAAUGGUCUUUAGCCAUUCAGCCUCUGAGAAAAUAAAGUGUUAGGCUCUAAUUCUUGUGUUCAGACACCCUGACCACAGAACACAUUGAAAAUCCAUCUUUCAACAGGCUUGCCAAUCUUUGAGUUGAACACAGAUUUUUUUUUUAAGAACAAUUUGACUUCGAGUAUAGGGGAAGUAGUCAACUGAAUGGCAUUUUUUUUCAUAAAAUGGGAUUUAGAUACAAUAUUUGGAAAGAUGCUUCCUCUACCAAAAAAGAUCCUCCAAUCUGUUAUUAUUUUUCUUUUGAAAAAUCAGGCUUUUCCACCUCUCUGCUCCAAGUGACUUUCUCCACCCAUAUAAUCAUUUCUUCCUGAAUACCAAUUACUAUUUCCUGAAAAAAAGAAUAGAAAAUCAUUUCAAGGUACAUCCAAGAUUUUAUAACAAUAUUUUGUGUUCACAGUGCAAGGUAAAUCUGACUUUCUUGAUUUUUUUUGGGGGGGUCUUCAUAUGGCACCUAGGAUAGUUGUUUACAUUUGUACACGGAUGUUUCCCCGUAAACCUACUAUGUGCAACUCUGUUGUUUUUAAAUAUUUUAUUGGUUUUCUCUUUUACCUCAACUGUUGAUGGUGUCCUUGAAGGACUUGCAUUAAAAAUGUGAAUGUGAAUGAUUCAUUCAUUUUGAACAUAUGUUACUAUUUUGGAGAGAUUGGACCCCACAUGGAGCGCACUGCUCCUGACGGGGUGGGGUGCUUUGUGUUUCUGUUCUACCCACAGCUGGGUGAUGGGGAUUUCUUAAUACUGUAAACCUGUACCUUUUCUAUUCCAUGCUUAUUUGAAUGAGUUAUUUAUACGUGUUAGACAGCCCUGAGUUUUUGGUGGUUGUGAAUGGUGGUUGAUAGCUUUAUGGAUGUCUCUUACGAGGACAGUUUAGCAUGACGCGGUGUAAUAUAAAAUCUGCUCUUCCUUUAUAUUACUAAGUCACCGGACAACGUUCCUGGUCAAAUCUGUUGUUCAAGGCCAGACUUAGUUGUGAGGUAGGAGCUGCCACAAACCUCUCCCCGCUGUUUCCUGGGCGCCCUCAGGCCCAGUUUUCCAGUAGAACCUGGAAAACUUUCUUGUUCUUGGAUGGCCCAGAGUUUCAAGAAAGAAACAAAAAAUAUUUUCUCUUCCAAAGGGUUGAACUGUAAUUUUAGAAAUUUCAAAACAUCUUCAGAACAUUCCAUGUAGGUGUCCUUAGGUUUCUCAUGGUAUGACUUACUGACUUAUGGUGUCUUCUGCUUAAGAGGCUGUCACCACAACAAACAGCUACAGAAUGUAAUGACCCACCCCAUUUCUAAGAUUACUUCGAUUGGUGACUAAUUAGUAUAUAGGAAAAGGUUUGAAAAAAAAUUAAUGGUUAAAAACUGGAGUACCUUUCAACCUUUUGUGAUAUCCAAGAUUUCAUAACAAUUGUGUUAGCGCGUUAUCGUUGCACUGUUAGGUAUGUGUUUUAACUCACAAGUCGGUGAAAUACUCAGUGGUGAUGUUCUUGUUUUAGGAUCACUCUUGGAAAA